AUGAAUGGGGCCGGCCACGAGGGAUCAGAGAGGCCGCCAGAAAGGAGGAGAGGAGCACGACCUGAUGUCCAGAUCUAUCGCCCCGGUAUGAUGCGAAGAGGCAUCGACAUCACCCUCCAAAACAUCCCCGAAUCCCCUCAACAAGCCCGAAAACUCACCUCACCCCGAAAUUCGCGAGAAAAUGGAUUCCGUGUCUACGAAAAUUCGACUCGACGACGACCCAGUGAAGAAUCGCAAAAUUCUGGGUCUACGACGCCAGACUACCGAAAAGAAGCCCCAAGAAGAUCCCCUAGAGGCGGGAUGAGCAGGCAAGGCGAGCCGCGGAGAGGUCCAGGCGGAAGUGAAUACAGUAGUCGCGAGGACCUGGACUCCAGGGCAUCUUAUGGAUAUAAUUCGACCCAAUCAUUGUUGGACCCUCGGCCAAAACCUGGAGGGUAUUUGGAUCAGAAUCAAAGGGGAAGGGGAAAGCCUCAGAGAGAAGAACGACAGCUUUAUCGACCUAGUCGACAGGCUUUCGAACGCACCCCCGAUCGUUCGUCGAUGCGAGCGGAACGGGGAAAUCGGCUGGGGGCAAGACCGGGCCGAAACAGAAACGACUCCAUUAAUAGCACCCAGAGCGAGCGGCCGGCUAGUUUGUUUGUUGAUACCACCGAACGUUAUGACGAUUCGAGAUCUUUGGGAUAUGCUGCUUCUGAAGCGCCUUCAUCGCAACAGAGCCUCUCCUUUGCCGAACUAUGCGCCUCGUUUGAUAGUAUGAGCUCAAUGAACUGGAGCGAGAUUGUUGAAGAUGAUUAUAACAACCCGGAUCCUCAAAGUUUUGAUGCGAGGGAGCUAAAAGCUCGACUUCACCAGGAACAGAGCGAGAAUGGUGCUAGAAGAAGCUUUGAUACAGAAUCCGAUCGAGGCUCGUCGGUCGCUGACUCAAUCACAGAAGAAAACGGAGAGUCUUGCGAGGAGAACGAGCGAACACCGACGAGGAGCAGGAGCCCGGAAUUGGCUGAAAAAGAGGAGAACGAGAAAUCGAAGAAAAAGUCUGAUGGUCGGAUUGCUUUGAUGAAUAUCGGACAGCCAGUCGCUAAGCCCAGAGCUGAGAAAGCGGAAAGUAUCGCCGAAACCCCCGCUUCAUCUGAACCCGUUGAAGACCUUGUAGAAUGUAAGCAUUCGCAAGGAGGUCUCUCAGAAGAAGCGGAAGAACGGUUUGAACAAAGGGUCAAAAAGUUAAAUGGCGAGCUCGAAAAUCUGGUACCCUCCAUCUCGGCCCGUGAUUUCUUGGCGGCAGAUAAGGCCAUCGAAAUCAGUCAAGAAAUCUCCGAAAACUAUAUGGAAAUCCUGCCAUUAGAUGUGGAAUAUUCAUUUUCGAACAAUUUGGAGAAUCGGUUGUGGAAAAAUGCGUAUCAUCGAUUGAUCGAAGCCUUAAGAAGCGGCUCGAAUUCGACCAAAGAUGGAGCAAGGAAAUUGUUGACUUCCUUGAAGUCGUUGAUUUCCAAUGGCCUAGUAUUCUACAAACGGUUAAUCAUGCGGUACGAGGAGCAAUUCGGCAUUCCGGUUGAUCAGCUGCUGUAUUGGCCCGGAGGGUUCCCGGAGGUUGAGCUGGAGAAUGUUUAUCUCGGGCAGCUUCCGCUUGAUUGUUUGAGUGAUAUUCAAAAGGUUGCCGCCAAAUCGUUGUCUCGGCAUUUUUUGGCUUGCGGAAAUCUGCAUCGUUAUUUUGCAAUCACGACUGGUAGUGAUGAUUUUUCGCAAGCAAAGGGUUGCUACCUCCGAGCCGUGCAGCUCUGGCCCGAGGGCGGAACCGCUUAUAGCCAAUUGGCAAUUCUAGCCUACAAUACGAUGUUGUACGGUAGCCGUGUACGAGCACGCCUCACGCCCCUUGACCGACUCUCUGACCAACGACAGGCGAACGUCAUUGAUGAAACCUUUUUCUUUGUCCGAGCUCUGGCUUGUGGCCGCCCGUAUUGGAAUGCAAAGGAGAGAAUGAAUCAAAGAUUAACGGCAAUGCUUGGCAAGAUCGAAAAGUACGAACCACUCCUAAAUAAAGAAUUCGGAAAAUCGAAAAACGGGCAUGAAAUCAACCCGAAUGAAAAUUGCUCGAAGGAAAUCUGGAUCCGGAAAGACGGAAAAUUGGAACCUCGCCGUCAAGAAGAAUCUCAUCAGGAAGUGGAAGCUGUGUAUCUACAAAAAUCGGGGAGUACGCUUCAUCGCCGCUUAGUGAGCUAUUUUGUUGGAGCCAUUGCGAUGAUCCAGCUGAGGACAAACAUGCAUAAAUUCAAAUCGGUAGCUACACGUUCGCUUUCUUACCUCUCUGCCAGUCUCCGAGCCCCAGACUGCAAACUUUCCGCCCUGCAACUUGCUCAGCUGACCGCAAUUUGCAUCUAUGCAGCGGAAACUGCUACAAAGUCCAUUUCCGAGUCGGCAGUACGAUAUUUGAUCUCGCUACUUGGUGUUUUGCUAAAAUCCGAAGAUCAAGCCCUCGUCUGGCCUUCUAUCCAUCUCAUUUGCAUCUGGCUCUCAAGUGAUGGAUCUCAGAAGAUACUGGAAAGCACAUUAAAGCUGAAACCAAUGAAGCUAAAAGCUUUCCCGGUUGAUACCUGGGAUUUGCUUUCGAAAUCUGCCAAUGCUGCUCAAGAAGAUCAGGCUUUUGACCCGAAAGAAACCGGAUACUUACCCGAGCUACUUCUUCUCUCUUCAUUUGGUAAAAGCUUUCCGAAUCCACCUCAAGAAUUUGAGCUCGAGGAUGCAAAUGCCAGCAAAAUCAGACGAUGGUCAGUAGUGGAAGCUUCUCUUGCUUGCUCAAGGCUUCCUCAAGCUCCUAUUGUUAUUGAGGAAGAGACCCAAAAAUUCCUCCCAAACCUAAGCUUUUCAAUUGUUUCGCCAUCGUUGGCCGAUACUGUAGAUAACGAAAAUGGUACUCAUACGGAAGCUACAAUCUAUGUGGAUCCAGCGGCGAUCGUGCCCGAUACCAGCAGCUUCAUUGAUCAUUUCAACGAUGUCGUUCGGCUAUCCAAGCUUGAUAAUCUGAAGCUUUAUGUUUCCAGCGCUGUACGGGAAGAUCUACAGAAAAUUGUUCGUGCUCCAAAGGGGAGGGAUCAAGAUGAGCAUGGGUUAUUUAUUCAGGCUCAGGCCAGAUCUGUCGUGCAAUGGAUUGAGCAAUCUGCAUCUGAAAAGGAGGGAAAUGUAGGAUUUUUGGAAGCUGCCGCGUCUUCUCAAAUUGACCUGGAAGAUACGGAUUUUGACGAUGCGCUCAUUAAAUCGUGCCUAGAAUUGUCAAAUCAAUUUUCUACAAACAGAACUAAGGUGCCUGGAAUCCCGGAUGAUGCAAAUGUAAAGCGUGUCAUUCUCCUGACAGAUGACCGAUCCACCCAUUACAAAGCGUCAAUCCAGGGCCUCCCUACAAAAACCUUGCCCUCAUUCCUCCACUGGUGCAAU